AUGGGGAUUAAUCCCUGGCUGGCCGCAUUUGCACCUAUUCGACUGAUGACCGCCGGUGGUUUUCUCGCUGUAUCUUAUCUCAAGAACCGAGACAGUACCGGUGAUAUUGACUUCUUGCUUGAUCCAGAAUACGCAAGUGAUACAGAGAUCAAAAAUGCCUUGCACGAGACCGCCACAUCUGUCGCAAAUGAGCUCCAAUACAAUGAAGAGUGGCUGAACGAGGCCAUGGCCAUUUUUGUUUCUGCACAUAGUCGACGGGUCUUGUUCCAACGUGCUGAAGCUCAAGGAAUUGCGCUUUUCAAGGGCCAGUACCUCGAGAUCCUCGCCGCGCCAAUUGAAUGGGCCCUGGAACGAAAACUAAGACGCAUCUACGCCGCCGAUAGGGAGAGAAAAAUAGCAUCCGAUCUCGAUGAUGCAGUAGCCUUGCUGGAGCGCAUGAAGGAGCGCAACGGGGGGCCACUUGAGCUGGAAACAGUACGUCAAAUGAACAUGAACGGCUUCGACAUCACACCGGACUAUGGGACGAUGCAACAGGUGGCUAGGGCCUACCGCGAUAAGUUUGGGGAGAACAUCUUCCAACAAUGA